AUGGAUGCAGACAUCGAACACCUGGUGCUCUCAGGAAAACUCUUUAACCCAGACGGCUCUCGCUCGUCCUCCCCCGAACGCUCGCCAUCACCCGAUCACGGGUGGCACGAUGACGAGAAUCCAGACGACGAUUCUGACGGGGAGCGCAGCAAGCAGAUAGAUCAGAUCCUGAACAGUAACAAUGGGAAUGGGAACGAGCCGAUUGGGAUGGGCCCUGGACGGACGGGUGUGAAGGGGGUCAUUCGCGAUCGCUUUGAGGCAGAUGCGUUGUUGGCUGCGCGUCGGGCACGGGCGAUGAGGGAGGUGAAUCGACGGAUGGAAAAAGCGAGUCUGGGUGGGCGGACGUAUCUGGAGGAAGAACAGGAGCGGGCGUGGGAGAAGCGGGUGCAGGAGGGCGAGAGCGACGACGAUAAGCGGGAUGUGUUGGGGAGGCGGAGGGAGGGUCGGUUUGGGCACCUUCGUGAAGUAGGCAAGGCGGGUUUUGUACCAGCCGUCGAGAAGGAGGAGAGGGGGGUGUGGGUUGUGAUACACCUUUAUGAAUCGUCGCUGGAUAGGUGUUAUGCUCUCGAUGACACACUUGCCCGCCUCGCACGUAUCUAUCCUCAGACGAAAUUCCUUCGUGCGCGAGCAUCAGCAUUGGGAUUUGCCUCCACAGCAACCUCAUCAUCGAGACGAACGACGACUACAUCGCAUGCUAUGCCUGGACGUUACGUAGAGGAUGACGAGGAUCCGUAUGACUAUGACGAGGAUGAGAAAGCAGAAGAGUACUAUGAUGACGAUGAAGAGGAAGAGCAAGACGUGGAUACCGAUAUGCUACCGACAAUGUUGGUUUACCGCGACGGUGAACUCGUGCACAACUGGGUGCGGGUAGAUUGGGAAGCUGGUAAGGCUGGGGUUGAAGAUCUACUUUCAAGGCGUCAUAUCAUUGGAGCACCCUCGUUAGGCCAAGGCAACUGCGGCCUCCCAUCUGAUGAUGAAGAUGAUCUUGUGUGGAGCGACGAGGAGGACGUGCUCGGAUCAUAG